GGCAACGGGAGAGUGAAGCUGUGUAUCCAUGACACCGGUGUUGUUGGCGGCGCUAGAAGCAGAGAAAUCCAUUUGAGGUGACGAUAGCUAGCUAAAUUAACCUUAUACGCUUUUCAUUUUUACGCGAAAACUAGUGGAUACGACAUUUUUUUCCCCCAACAUAAAAUGCUAAUGAAAUGCAGUAAGGUUCACCAUAGCGGAAAUGUUUUUUGGUUGUUGUACACUGCAUUUCAUGCCUUGCUGAUGUUUUGACUCUCCGUUCAUGUAACGUUAGCUCGCGCCCAGUCAGACGUAACUUCCUCCCAACAUUAGCUGCAAAACAUUAACAAACAUCGUUAGCAUUUGUAGCCUACAGUCCUGUGCAGCUCGGUGUGCACCAAGUGCAUUUAUCUACGGACUAGAGGAAAUGUCAACCUCGUCUCCAGACUGUUCAAACCAGCGAGUCCUGGAGGGGGAAGGAAGAAUGAAAGACGUGGGCGUGAAUGUAUAAAACAGAGACGAGGGAGGAUGAUUUCACGAUACACCAGAAGACCUGUAUCGCACAAACUUGAGAUUCGUGGGUUGUCUCGAAGCAACCUUGACCACCACCCUCUCCCAGAGGAAGCAGAUGAUAACCAAACACCUCAGCGCUACCUCCAUGACCUCCAGGAAGCUGUUUCCACUCACAACAGCUCGGAGACGUCUGCUGCCUCAGGCCACUCUGACUGUCCCACCGUCAUCUCGGUAGACUCCAGCCAGUCAUGGUCAGGUUUCCAUAGCUCCGCGUCAGGCACGGGUUUAUCUACAGAGAGGAGCUCUGUUUUCUCCUGGGGCUAUGACGAGUUCGACAAGGCAGCGUCUCGACAGGUGCAGCAAAUGUUUGAGGAGAUCGACAAGGAGCUGUAUGAGGGCAGGGGCAGUGGUGUCGGGAUUCUCCAGGGACUGCAGGAUGAAUGUCAGCAGUGGACUACACGUUUCCCACAUCUUCGGAUCCUCGGGACUCAGCUGGUGGAUCCCAGUGAUGAGGGCUUCCAGUGGUACGCUACCUCAGGGAAAAGCAGCUCGACCAGCAGCCCAUCAGACGGCAAAGAGUGCAGCGUGAAGUCCCAGGAUAAAGAAAAGAGUAACAGCACAGAGUUGAAUGUGUUGGGCAGGAGAGCAGCGCUGAUGACACCCUCCUCAGCAGAGCUGGAUGGACCGCUUGUCGCCCCCAGUGGCUCCAGCAGUCAUUACAAGCCAAGAGUGAUUGAAGUGGAGGGUCAGAUGGAGGAAUAUUUGGCUUUUGAUAGCAGGGCCAUGGAAGACGAGUCGGAGCAGAAUUGUUCAGAGUCGUGUCAGAAGCAUCACUCUCUGCCCCCUGUCUCGCCAUAUCGGUGUCGCCACCAAGCUGUUCUUGACCUGCUGUUUGACGAUGUGUGGCGGCAGCUGGUCGGCUCGAUGAAAGAGCUUGUGCAACGCCAAUGGGAAUGCUGCACCUCAGUAGAUGAAGAAAAGAUUUCUAUGAACUUGAGCCCUGUGCAGCAAGACUCCCAGAAUCCCUUCAUGCUGCUCUCCACGCUGCCCACGAUGCUGCCCAAACUUGGUCAGGGCAGGAUGCCCACGCUCACAGCUGGACUGCAGUUCCAGAACACAAAGUCAAGGGGCUCAAAGCACAAGUCCAGAUGGAAAUCCAAAAAGCAGAAAAGGCCGCCCAGUGCUGGAAGGCUUCCAGUUGGAGCAGUGGCAACUCAACACAACCUGAAUGACCUCAUUGUGAUCCACAGCAUCCCCCUGCAGCAGAGGAACCUUGGUGCACUGGAUCGAAACCAAGAGCCAGAGGAGCGGGCAUCCCACAGACCGGGCUCCAGCGUGGUCCCUUCCAGCAAACCUCGUCCUCGCCGAAACCUGGAGCUGAGCUCUUCCUCGCUGUCUCGUCCGGCACAGUCAGCUCGACGCAGGAACCCUCCCCCCCGCACUCUGCUGCCACUGGUACCCAGCCUGAGUCAGUCUAGCACAGCGGGCACGAUGGAUGAGGUCGUCCGUGGGACACGUCUACCCACAGCCAGUGACCGCCUGACCUCUCCACUGUUGCCUCUGAGCAGAAACACACUUCUUCCCCCAAUCAGCACUGGGGAGUCAGAUUCCUCUCACUCAGGGCAGCACUCCAAACCCGCACAGCGUCAGAAAGGUCCAUCCAGCCGCGCACACAGCGCCAUAAAUGACGAGGUCGGCAGUUCAAUACAAAGAGACCGUCACCUUUUAUUGGACGUCUUCUCGCGCCCAAAUACCACUCACACGUACAGGUCAGACACUCCGUACCGUCGUUCCUUCACAGUAUUGGACAACAUCGGUCAGGGGCGGCCGGGCAGAGCCUCUGUGGUCACAGACUCUCUUGGAAUCGGCGUGACCGGCGUCAGUCUUGGCAUCAGCAGCUUGUCUUUCUUGGACUCGUUUUCCCACCAUCCCUUGGGGCACUCGCCCAUCAAAGACGAGGAGGAGCCAGACUCGCACGCUCCUGUCCCAGCUCCACUGGUGCCUGCGUCAGUCCCACCGCGGUCUUACCCCCGAGGAGGAAUCUUGUCCAGAGCCAGCAGACCUGGCCUGUAGUUCACCUCUGACCUCCACAACCUUCAGCCAUUGAUCUUUAUGUCCAACACUCCACAGCAUAUGUGCCCACUUAAAAUUUUUUUUUUUGUCAAACUCUAGUAGCAUAUUUUUUCACAUUAUGCUGCUCUGGUGACAUCUUUUUUUUUGUAUUUCACAGAUCAGCUUAUGUGGCUGCCAAACACAAAUGACUAUCAACAAUCACUUAAUCUUCAUAACUCGUAAAAUGUAUUAUCUUUUUUGUGUAUAUAUCUAUUUAUAUGUGAAGGUACUGUAUUUUAUUCUGUGGUGUGUUGUUGUACUGGUAUUUGACUAUGCAGGGAGUAACACAUCAAUCCAAACAGGGAUAGA